CCGAUGCUUCAGUGUAUACAGUUUAAAAGAAAGUGACGACGGUGUAAAUAUGUGCGUCAAUAGGAUUUUAUGCAUUCUCUUUCUCAUAUAUGUUGUUAAAGGGAGUUAUGUGAUACCACCAUUAAAAUUAGAAGCUUUAAAGAAGGGAGGAUUUCGUGUUUACUUUCCCGAUGUACCGGACACGGCAUUGUUUGCAUUUCACGCAAACAUCAACGAUGAAAUUCGCACACAACUUCCAGGAAAUAUUAAUGGGGAAACAAGGACUCCAACAAAUGGAUUUUGGAUAUUGGAAUUCAAUGACAAACUAAAACAGGGAGACGUGGUUAACUACUGGAUGAACGUAAAUGCAAAUCGCCUGGUGUAUAGAAAGAAUGGGGAUCCCAUAAAAAUUAUCCGACUUUUGGAUGAAUACACCGAGCUUAGGAAUAGAUGCGAUCCCGCGUCCACAGUUAUUAAUGCGGGUAAAUCGACGUGCCUUUAUAACGUGAUCUUUCAAGAUAAAUUCGAGGGAACUGCUCUCAAUACGAUGCUUUGGAAGGUGGAGCACAAAAUUCCCACCUAUUCCGAACCGAAUUCGCCAUUUAAUUCGUAUGAAAAUCGGGAAGAUACCCGAUUUAUCAAAGAUAACAAAUUGCACUUGAAACCAAACGCAGUUGCCGAAACAGAAGUUCGUGGAACCUUAAAUUUGCUAGACGGAUGCACGGGAACUAAAGAAACAGAAUGCUUCUACGAACAAAGAUCAUCGUUUCUGUUACCGCCAGUCAAAUCGGCUAAAAUUGUUUCAAAGACUUCAUUUAAGUAUGGCAAGGUCGAAAUUAGAGCCCAACUGCCCAGAGGUGACUGGAUAUUCCCCAUUAUACAAUUGGAGUCCGCCCAAAAGGAUAUCGCAAAUCCGUCAAAAAUUUGGAUAGCGUACAGUAGAGGUAAUACCAAAUUAAUCAUGAGCGAUCCAAACAACAUCGAUGUACGUAAAUUUAGUGACAACGAUAUUGGGGGGCGUCUCUUGCUCUCAGGACCUGUGGCGGAGGUGGAGGAACCCGAACGAAGUAGACGGUUGGUUCACAAGUAUGCGAAUCAACCGUUCUUUGACGAUUACCACAUUUAUGGCUUGUUGUGGACCAAAAAUGAAAUGCGUUUCUACAUAGAUUCUGAGGAGUAUGGAUCUGUAGACUUGAAAUCAUUAACAGAAAACUUCGAUCGAGAGUGCGUCCUGAGUUUAGGUGUUGGAGUUGGAGGAUUAUUCGAUUUUCCCGAAGGAGUCUCAAGUAAUCAAAAACCAUGGAAAAAUGGAGACAGAAACGCAAUCAAACGAUUCUUUGAGGGGAAACCCACAUGGCUUCAAACGUGGGAUGACGAAAGAUCCUGUCUUAUUGUCGAUUAUGUACAAGUUACGGCGGUUUAAACCAUGUCUAGCCCAUUGUGUGCCUGUGAGAGAGAUGUUGAUGUCGGUAUAUUAGAAAAAUGUAUUUACUAAACCAAAUAAAUUUUAUAUUUAAUACGA